AUGGGCUGUAAACAAUGUCGAUUUUUUUUAUUUAAACAUCAUAUAAAUAAUUAUACUCCUUCAAAUCCUAUUGAACAGAAUAUCGUAUCUGUUGAAAGGAAUGAACCAUCAGCAAUUUCAUCGAAUGAACCUGGAAAAAAAUUACCAACAUUAGAUAAUUUACCGGUUGAAUUAAUCUAUUAUAUAUUUGAUCAACUUGAUACAUAUACAAUAUUAACAUCUAUUUAUAAUGUUUGUACUCGUCUUAAUUCAAUCAUAUAUACUUAUGAUCGAUUUAAUUUAAAUUUAAAAACAAUUUCUAUGAAUUAUUUUCAUCGUAUUUGUUCAAUAAUACGUCCUGAACAAAUUAUAUCAUUAACAUUAUCAGAUCGAAAUGAUAAUAUUGGUUUAGUUGAAAUAUUUCUUAAAAAAUUUCAUUUGGAAUCAUUAAAACGACUUCAAUCAUUAACACUUGUAAAUAUUGAUGACAAUGAACAAAUGAUAAAAAUUUUACUUUCAAUAACAAAUCAACUACAAAUACUUUCAAUUGAAAAUACAAAUGAAUAUUAUAAUGAUACUGUUAUGGAUAUUUUAAUGUCAAUUAUUGGAAAAGAAUUUUUACAUACACUUUCAUUAAAUAUUGAACGUAAUCGAAUUUUAAAUCCAUUACUUAUAUGGCCAAGAGAAUGUUUUUUAUAUGAAAUUAAAUUAGUUGGUCUUUGUCAUAUAUCACUUUUUCGAAAUAUUCUUCGUUAUUCAUUUAAUUUAAAAAUAUUUCAAGCAUAUGAUAUUGAUUUGGAUGAUGAAUGGAUUGAUGAAGAUGAAGAUGAAGAAAUCGAACAAAGUCAAAUGCUUCCAUUAUCACAUACAUCAAAUUUAAUUUCAUUAUCAUUAGUUAAUGCUCGAAAUGAAAUGGAUAAAUUAGAAUGGUUAAUACCACAAUUUACUGAAUUAAAAUAUUUUAAAUAUUUAAAUGUAUAUGAUUUUCAUAUUGAAACUAUCUAUGAAAAUGAUUAUUCAUUGUUAGAUGGAGAAUGUUGGGAGAAAAUUUUAUGUAAUUGUAAUCAAUUUGAAUUUAUAUCGACAAUUCAUUUAAAUAGUGAUACAUGGAAUAUUCAUCAUUAUUUAGCUUCAUUUCGAACGAAAUUUUGGCAAGAUAAAAAUUGGAAUAUUGUAUUAGAACAAUAUAAUAAAACUGUACUUAUUUAUUCAUUACCAUAUAUACAUAAUACUUAUUAUUAUGAUCGUACAAUCUUUGUUUCAAUACCGCAUAAUCCAUUAUUAUUAAAUCAAUCAAUGGAAAAUGUUACGAAACUACGUAUUAAUUUGACUGCAGUGAAUAAUUUAGGAAAACAAAUUGUUGGUUGUCCUCGUUUUUCUCAUGUUUCUCAUCUUAUACUUGAUGGACAAUGGCGAACAGUUGAAUUAGCUAAUUCUAUUGCUUCACUCGUGUGUUUAUCCAAUAUAAUUAAAUUAAUACGAUUAGAACGUGUACCAACUUUUAUUUUUCAAAGUUUUAUUUAUGAUUUAGCAAAUUUACAAUCAUUAACAUUAACAACAUUUGUACUUGAUAGUAUGAAUGCAGCUGUUUUUCAAUAUUUGCAAUGUUUACAUUCAUUGAAUAUCGUGCAAUUACAUGAUAAUUAUCGUCAUUUUGUUAAUGUUGAACCAUUUUGUACAAUGUUUCCGCAAAUAAAACAUCUCGAUAUUCCAGUUGAUAAUCUUGAUAGUUGCCAAUAUGUUAUUGAUCGAUUAGAAGAAUUUUUAAUUAGUGUUAUUUUUCGUUUUCCAAAUAAUGUUGAUGAAGAUGAAGAUGACGAUGAUGAUAAUGAUGAUGAUGACAACGAUGAAGAUGAUGAAAAUGAUAAUCAUAAAAACAAAAGUACUGAACUUAUUGAAUGGGCACAAAAUAUACGACAAUAUCAUCAAUAUCGUAUCAAUGAUGGUGAUAUGUAUUUAUGGCUUCAAUAA